AUGCCGGAAGGUGUAGGUGUAACAGUGUGGGAGCAGAAGCAGCCCUUCAUCGCCCCCAGGAUCCUCCCCAGUGUGCUCUCUGAAUCAGGACUCCUGAAGCCAGACCACACGGCCACUGCCGAGGUGACAGUGAUCCACUGGCUCAUGCGGGCUUUCACCAAGAGUAUCUUGCUCCUUUUCCACAGUAUCAACUAUUACUUCAUCGACAGCCAGGGCCGCCCCGUCGAUGACCUCACUGUCAUGCAGUACAUCACACACAGCAGAGGUGCCCUCUGCAUCACCAUUGCAUGGAUCAGUUCCAGCUCGUCCUUUGUUAAGUGUGUUCCAUUUGACAACGAGAUCUUUGGGGUCACGAUCCCAAUACAGGUCCUGGCCGGCAUGGCCUGCAUCAUCGUCGAGCCUGGCGAGGAGGACGUCAGCGACUACGGGCUUCUCUUUCUGGUGGGUCGUAUCAGUUGCAAUGCCAUCCUCUUUCCUGUGGUCUGGUCCCAUCGGCACCUUCAGGGAGUAUUUGGUACCAACGGGAAAGUGGCAGUGGACCUGGCCAAAAUGACGCUGUUUCGGCAUUACUGUGUCAUGGUCACCUGUUAUAUCUACUUCACACAGAUCAUUACCACCCUACUGCAGGUGGCCAUGCCCUUCCAGUGGCAGUCGCUGUCCCAGGUGAGAACAGAUGCCUCAGAUUUUGCUCACCACAGGUGCAAGUUCCAACAGGCAGGACACAAUCCCCCUCAGUAA